AUGGCUGUGACACCAGCAAGCGACGCGUUCAUUGCCCCGGAAAUUAAUUCAUUUGGGCAGUCAUUCAGGGACUAUAAUGCAGAAAGUGAAAGGCAGAAAAGCGUGGAGGAAUUCUACCGGCUGAACCACAUUAACCAAACGUACGAUUUUGUGAAGAAGAUGAGAGAGGAGUAUAGCAAGUUGAAUAGAGUGGAAAUGAGCAUAUGGGAAUGUUGUGAGCUCCUGAAUGAAGUUGUGGAUGACAGUGACCCUGAUUUGGACGAACCACAAAUUGAGCACUUGUUGCAAACAGCAGAAGCAGUUAGAAAAGACUAUCCCAAUGAAGAUUGGCUGCACUUGACUGCUCUUAUUCAUGACCUUGGAAAAGUGCUUCUGCUUCCUAAGUUUGGAGGGCUUCCUCAAUGGGCUGUGGUUGGAGACACGCAUCCUCUUGGGUGUGCUUUUGAUGAGGCCAUUGUUCACCACAAGUACUUCAAGGAAAAUCCAGACCACAACAACCCUUCAUAUAAUUCUAAGUACGGAAUUUACUCCCAUGGAUGUGGACUUGAAAAUGUGAUGAUGUCAUGGGGUCAUGAUGACUACAUGUACUUGGUGGCCAAGGAAAAUGGAAGCACUUUGCCUCAGGCUGGAUUGUUCAUCAUUAGGUAUCACUCUUUUUAUCCUCUGCACAAAUCUGGGGCAUAUGAACACCUAAUGAACAAGGAGGAUGAAGAGAAUUUGAAGUGGCUUCAAAUAUUCAACAAAUAUGACCUCUAUAGCAAGAGCAAAGUUCGUAUUGAUGUUGAGAAAGUAAAGCCUUACUAUUUAUCUCUUAUUGACAAGUACUUCCCAGAAAAGCUCAGAUGGUGA